GAAGGAGAAUGUGAGCGACGACCAUUCGCCUGCGGUGAUGCGGGGGUAGAGUCGGCGUCUGAAUGCAAUGGUGAAGGUGAAGGGAGGUUAGACAAGUCGAAGGACAUUUCAAACAUGCUGAGAUCCGGGGAAUGAGCUGCAGGGUGCGUUGGAGAGGGUGUCCGAGCCGCGGUUGCGGGUGCGGGUGCGUUGCGGGUCUGAACAGAAACGGGCGGUCGGGGAGCUGGCCUGGGCGCCAUCAAUGACAUAUCCUCUUCUAGCUCACCCAGCCCCUGUGGCCCAGCAAACUCUGCCCUACCAUACCUGCUGACCCGUUUGGUCGCUGUGGCGACUCGAAUGUCCUUCGCAUUGAUGUCGACAUGUGCACAAGAAGGGUCAUACACAGCAGGUUGGGGAGAGUCGGAGCGGGAGCGGUUGUGGGAGAAGGUUGAAGACGAUACCAAUUCCUCUUCAGGCUCUUCAGAGAGUACAGGGAGCGUUAAAUGUUUCCGAGGUUUGGUCGAAGAUGAGGCGAAAGCUAUUGGGGCCGUCUUUGAGCGCGAGAUGCUACCUCGAUUGCGAACCGCUGGCUGUCGCUUGAGCGAUGGAAGGAAACCGUGGGUGGAGAGAAAUGAAGUCAUCACUGGUGUCGUUGUAUAAUCGUCGUCUAUGGAUAAUAAGCUGUCGACGCAAGUACAGGUUGCAGUCGAGUCGAGUCUGAAUGAGUACUAAAAAGUCGUCAGACUACGUGAGAGCAGAACCGAGAAGGAGAUGGAAGACCGAGAGAAAUGGCGAGGACGGAGAGAUGGGGGCGCUUCCCAGUAGUUUUAGUAUGGAAUGA